UCGACCGCUAGGUUCGCUGGUGCGCUACCUCGCUCGGGCUGCUAUGAGAAGUAAAGUGCAACGUUGAGUCUAGCAGACAGCUUUGACAGUAGCAGACAGUUACACAGCGUACCUAACCGCCACAUUGCGUCUCGCUCGCGUCCCUCGCGUCACAUCGCUUUGUUAGCAGUAGUUAGCCUGAGUAUUAUCUGAGGGCUCAUUGUAAUUCACACUCUAUUUCGUGAGAUUAAAGUCCGUGGUUCAAAAAUGGUGCGGAAGUGCUCGGUUCUUCACUGUCAGGAGAAUUCACGAUUUACUUUUCCAUCCAAUAAACAACUCCGUAAGAAGUGGUUGGUCGCUAUUAAUCGUCCCGAUUUCGAACCAAAUUCCCAAGCUGGCAUAUGUGAGAAGCAUUUCAACCCAAGCGACUUCAUCACUGAAGGCGCUUACACAGGUGUAAUUCUUACUCGAAAGAAACUGAGGAGAGGAGUUGUGCCAUCUCGCGAGGUGGACUAUAGGACUCCUACCAAGAAAAGUAGGCUUGAGGACAGCUCUGACGAGCCACUGUCAAGGACUGUGUCAGCAGAGGAUACAUUGUUGGAACGACAGGAAUCUGAUCUUGGAGUUGAAGAACUAAUUUGUGAAGAUGCUGUUGAGGUGGAAUGUGGAAGUGUUGAGAUAAUUACUGAUACGAUUACUGAAGAAAAUUCUGGGAAAGUUGAUGUUGCGUGUGGACCUGAUUAUACGAGGAUGCAUGAUGUUCAAACUCAAACGAUGUUCAAUGUGGCUCCUUACACUAUAAGGGAUUUAAUGUUUAAGCCAGAACAGCUCAAUGAUUUGACUGGCAUUAGUUCCUAUAAGUUAUUUACUUUAAUUUAUCAGUCCUUAGUCCCUGGGCUUCAACAUAUUGAGUACAGAAACAGUAAAGUCUAUAAUGUAAGCCAUGAGGAUCAACUGUUUUUGACUCUAUGGAAACUUCGUAAAGCCACAACUGAUAUAGAGCUGGGAAUACAUUUUGGUAUUGGUCACACAACUGUGUCAAAUAUUUUCUAUUCUUUUAUUAAAUUUAUGGCUGACCAAUGGGGCAAACUGAACCUGUGGCCCAGUAGGCAAUUGGUUGACUAUUACAUGCCUUCAGGAUUUAAGAAGCAGUACCCCUCUACUAGGGUCAUAGUUGAUGGAACAGAAUUUCCAAUAGAGAAACCCAUAAAUCCCUGGGCGCAGCAGGCUUCUUUCAGCACUUACAAAAAUGGCAACACGUUGAAGGCAAUGGUUGGAGGGACCCCAUCAGGUUUGAUCUCAUAUGUUACUGAAUGUUAUGGUGGGUCUGUCAGUGACAGACAAAUUACUGAAAGAAGUGAACUGUUACGCUUGUGUCAGAAAGGUGACUCUAUAAUGGCUGACAGAGGGUUUAAUGUUCAGGACCUUUUCGCACCUCAGUCAGUUUCCAUUAAUAUUCCACAUUUUUUGAAAGGCAAGGACCACCUCCCUAACAGUGUCAUUAUGAAGGAUAGAAAGCUGGCCAGUAAAAGAGUUCACAUUGAACGUUUGAUUGGUCACACCAAAACCUACAAAAUUUUGCAGACAAAGCUGCAACACUCUCAUGUCAGCAUAGGAUCGGAAAUAUUCUUUGUGUGUGUCAUGCUCACUAAUUUUAAGAAUAAUAUUGUCAGUAGUGAGGCAUGACAUACACGACCGUGUGUGUGUGUGUGUGUGUGUGUUUGUCUGUCUGUCUGUCUGUCUGUCUGUGGGAAAAGAUGUUGCACCAGGUGCAGGAAAAUUUUCCAGGGCACUGUGAAAAAUAUCGUCGUAAGUUUACAAAAAUUUUGUAAACUCGAAUUAUAAUUUAAGUUGUAAAUUUACGACAGCACAUUUUUUACUCGCCAAGGGAUUAGAAGUCAACACAUACUGCAUGUACUUUUACGAUUACAAAUUGUAAUUUUACAACUUGCAUCCACAGUGCCACAGGAAGGAGAUGAGCUAGAGACUUAAUUUUUGAUAUCCAAAUAAUUGUAUUUUUAUGAUUACAAAUUGUAAUUUUACAACUUGCGUCCACAGUGCCACAGGAAGGAGAUGAGCUAGAGACUUAUUUGUACCAUCAAAAUAAUUGUGGUGCAAGCAACCUGGUAUUAUGAAGUGUUUAAAAGAA